AUGCCCGACCAAACACGACGUCCAGCAAACCAUGGCUCCGCGUUACAAAGUCUACCAAUUCUGUUGCGCAACCUUCGAGCUGAACAAGACGCUGGUCGUGUGCUCCUGCUGGAUGCUGAUAUUUUGGAAAUCUGGCCGCACAUUCAGAUCAGCCCGUUUGGUGUCGUCGCCAAAUCCGGAAAGGACCCAAGUGUGCACGGCAGAACGAUCCAUGACUUAUCAUUUCCACCAGGCCUGUCCGUCAAUGACCACACAGACCGAACCGCACUUCCCAAACCAGCCUACGAGUCAUGUGCAGCAAUUGUGCAUGAAAUUUUACGCCAUCGCCGUCUCGAGAGCCAUCCUCCCAAAAUUCUGACCGGGGAUGUGGCAUCCGCGUUUCGUCACGUUGGAAUUCACAGCAAGUCCGUAUACCUUUUUGCCGGCAUGAUCCCUGAGCUGAACUUGCUUAUUAUCGACCUCUGUUGUCCGUUCGGUUGGACCGGUUCGCCAAGUUGCUACGAAACUUUCGGUGGAUCCAUCACCCAUCUACACCGGACUACCUCAAUCACUACGGGCAACACCAAUUUUGGCUACCACUGGGUCGACGACCACGUAUGCGUGGCCGUAGACAACGAGAUGAAUUGCUUGGAGAUUGAGCAUGCGUUGCGACUGGCUAUGAUCAACAUAUUGGGCGCUGAAUCUAUCAACGAAGCCAAGUUCUCAGGGUGGCACCACCGAUUAAAAGUGCUUGGCCUCAUUUUCGAUGCAUCGACCUCUACUGUCUCAAUCCCCCCGGAGAAAUCGGAAAUUCACGAAAUCUUGUCUCGAACACUUACCACAAGUCAUCUGAAUCGAUAUCAGAAUUCCGUUCGUUGCUGGGCUCUCUUCGGCAUAUUUCAACUUGUCUAUGCCCCGCUAGGCCUUUCCUGCAGCGGCUUCGCCAACCUGAAAGAAAGCUGCUGCGGUAUACAAAAGUUCACGUGA